AUGGCCACCUCAAAUGGGAAAGGUGAAAAAGUGUCCAAAUUCGAGACUUUAAAACUUUUGGAGAAAUGCAGAAAGGAAAGAGAUGAUGCCAUGCACAGAGAAAGUGUUCUCAGAGAGAAACUCCGACAGUAUGAGUCAAGGAUGCGUUCAACUGAGGCUCUGAAACAGAAACUGAAAACUUUGACCAUGGACAAUAAGGAGCUGAGGAAACAAGUGAAGGCUCUUCGUACCGAGAUUGGACUUGAAUGCAGCCCCAAAUUCAAUGGAAAGACCACUAAGGACAUAAUCAAUGACUUGCAUGAGAAGGAGCGUGAGUGCAGUUCCUUGGUGGAGAAGGCUGGGAAACUGAGCUUGACCAUUGAUGAUCUGACAUCAGAGCUGGCAAAUACAGUCACUUCUAAAACUCUUUUAGAAGACCAAGUUCAAUCAUUGCAGCAAAACCUCAAGGACAUGACUAAUAAUCAACGCCGUCUGCUGAAGCUGUGGGAAGACAAGAAGGCCCAGAGGGAGCAGGUUGCCCUCCCUGCAAUUGCCCAGAAACAUGGACAGAAACUACAUGUCCAUAAAGCAAGUCAAACUGAGAUGUCCAUCAGUGCAUCCCAAAAGCUACCAUUCAAUGCUUUUGAGACAAAGCCAUUCUCUCGGGACACUGACAGAAAGACUGUAAUGGAAAAACACAGUUUUCCAACUUACGGAAAUGGCUAUCAUCAUGACAAGAAAGCUUUCAUGCAUGAUGAAACUGAAGGAAUUCAGAACUGA